GUUCCAUCCUUACUGUUUCCCUUUGUAACGAGGAAGUCAAGAAGAGGACAUGUAAACAUGAAGCAUUUCUGAACUCUACAGAUACAUAACAAAGCACAGAAAGCAAACAAAGCACAGAAUCGACGAGUCUUUGCGGUACCUGCACAUAAAGGAACUAAAUGAAGUCGCAUUGAGGACAGAGAGCUUGCUCAGAGAGGACAUGAAGGUUUUGCUUCUGAAGGAGCCGAGAGAGGGGAGCAAUGGGCCGGAUCCUUACAUCAAGCUUCUCCAGCCAGAUGUGUAUGGAGGACUCAUAUUCACAAGUCCCAGAGCUGUGGAGGCCGUCAGGAUGUGCUUAGAGGAGAGACAAGCAGAAUGGCGGAAUUUAAAAGACAGAUGGAACUCCAAAGCAGUGUACGUUGUUGGGAAGGCCACCGCUACUUUAGUAGAGGAGUUGGGUUUAUCACCGCUGGGAGAAGACACGGGCACCGCGGAUGUCUUGUCACGCCUCAUUCUGGAAAGAGAAGACACUAGUAUAAAGCCGCUCUUCUUCCCCUGUGGCUCCAUCAAGAGAGAGGUCUUGCCCACGGCGCUGAGGGAGAACGGCGUUCCCCUGGAGACUCUCAUGGUCUAUCAGACAGGACAGCAUCCCGACCUGGAGAAGAACCUGACCAAUUACUUUGGACAACAGGGUGUUCCGGCCAGCGUGGCGUUCUUCAGCCCGUCUGGGGUGUCGUUCUGCCUGGACACGGUGCGGAGGCUAGCAGGGCCUCGGCUGGAGCACAUAAAGUUUGCAGCCAUCGGUCCGACCACAGCGGAGGCCCUGGAGGCAGCCGGACUCCCAGUCAGCAGCUCUGCUGAGAAACCCACCGCCCAACACCUGGGGUUUCUCUCCAAGUAUGGCUUCAUUAAACCAGUGAAAUGGGAAGAUAUUCAGUGGAGUGGAGAGGAGUUCUCAGGAGAUUUCACCAGUGGGGACACCGCACCUCUCAUUCAGGAAGCAGGAGAUGAGCUAUGGUCAGGUAUCGGCCCCACAGAAGAGAGCACUCAGCAGUUCCUCAGCGCCCUGAAAGACUUCCAGAGAGUGAGCGGCCUGCCGGUGACCGGCCUGUUUGACGACGCCACUAAGGCGGCCAUGAACAAACCGCGAUGUGGCGUUCCAGACAAAGACGCAGACGCAGACGCAGACGCCAACACAGCGGAGACACACACUAGUGAUGUUCCAGACAAAGACGCAGACGCAGAUGCAGACGCAGAACCCAACACAGCAGAGACAGGCACCAGUGGAGUUCCCAACGUAGCCACGCCAGGUCUGGACAGCACUGAGAUGGGCAGUGGUGCUGAGACCAACCAAGAACACAUGAAGAACCCACGAGACAAAUCUACAGCUAAUAGAGUAGCCCACACACAUACGUACGCAGACGCAGACACAGAUGCAGACCCCAACAACACAGAGGGACACACUACAGCCACGGCAGGUCUGGACAGCACUGAGAUGGGCAAAUCUACAGCUAAUAGAGUAGCCCACACACACACGUACAGUGAAAGACUCUCGCGCAAGAAGAGACAUCUCGCUGCCUUGUGGCCUAAGAGGAGAAAGAGGAGGCAUGUAGAUGAGCUGGGCUACAUGGCGUUCUCCAAGAGGGUGCUGCGCUGGCGUCUGAUUGGUGAGGGCUACAGUAGUCAGCUGUCCAUAGAGGACCAGAGGUACGUCUUCCGACUCGCCUUCCGGAUGUGGAGCGAGGUGUCACCUCUCACCUUCAUCGAGGACGCCCGCUCCCCCCUGGAGGACGUCGACAUCAGACUGGGCUUCGGGACAGGGCGCCACUUGGGCUGCACUCAGCGGUUCGAUGGCACUGGUCGUGAGUUUGCCCACGCCUGGUUCCUUGGGGACAUCCAUUUUGAUGACGAUGAGCAUUUUACCGGCCCCAACAUGGGAGAUGGAAUAAGCCUUUUGAAAGUGGCGGUGCAUGAGAUUGGCCAUGUGCUGGGCUUGCCUCAUGUCUACAGAUCUGGGUCCAUCAUGCAGCCCAGUUACCUGCCGCAGGAGAACACCUUCGAACUGGACUGGCACGACAGGAAGGCUAUCCAGCACCUCUACGGAAGCUGUAAGGGUCGUUUCAGCACGGUGUUUGACUGGAUCAGGAAGGAGAGGACGCCGUAUGGAGAGGUCAGGGUCCGCUUCAACACCUACUUCAUGCGAGACGGCUGGUACUGGCUCUACGAGAACCGGAACAACCGUACCCGCUACGGGGACCCGGUGGCCAUCCAGGCCGGCUGGCACGGCAUGCCCACCAGCGGAGUCGACGCAUUCGUACACGUGUGGGCGCGGAACGUUGAUGCCGUGUAUUUUUUCAAAGGUACGCAGUUCUGGAGGUACGACACGGAGAGUGACCAGGUGUUCAGCGAGGACGCGGGGGGGCAGCGCUACCCGAGGCCCAUCUCCGCCGGCUUCCCAGGGGUGCCCAGCCCCGUGGACACGGCCUUCUACGACAGGAGGGACGCUCACAUCUACUUCUUCAGAGGGGCACUGGUUUACGCCUUUGAUGUGAAAGCCAACCGCUUGGCGAGAGGCUACCCGAAGAAGAUCACGCAGGUGUUUCCUGCCGUGUUGCCAGGUAACCACCCGGUUGCUAACCUGGACGCCGCCUACUUCUCCUACACGCACAACGCCGUGUUCCUGCUGAAGGGAGGGGGCUACUGGAGAGUGGCCAGCACUAGGGACCGCUUGAGGAGACCCUCCCUGCCCCACAAUGCACUGCUGCCACGACGUGAAGUCCAUGAGCAGUGGUACGACAUCUGUAAUGUACACAGCACGGCGCUGAAGGUGGCACGCAGAUGA